UCCUCUCUCUAUCUCUCUCUCUCUCUCACGAACUACAACCUCUUAAUAAUUCUUCCUGAGAAAAAAAAAAAGAACAAAUUUUAUUUCGGUGACAAAUUGGAAGCAAAAAAAAGAAAAAGAAAAAUCUCAUUUUUACAAGUCACAGAAACAAAUAUCCAAAAUAAAUCAGCAAAAUCGAAGCAAGUUUCAGAUGCUAGUAAUUCCACUACACCAGUACCAGAGCAGUUGAAUCCAAUAGUAAGAUGAGUUACAACUAUCAGGUUUUGGACGUUUAACACUAUACAGGAGCAUAGGCUUCGAGUUUUGAUGAGAAAAUAACAUACUGAGACGAAAUUUUCAAUGAGAGAGGUGAACUGAUUUGUUUUUGAAUUAUUUCAGCGCAGAAUCAAGCUCAAUUUUGGUUCUCUAUUGACAACUCUGGGGCUCAGGGAGCCAUUGGGCCGGAAUGUUGAACUACGACAUAUUGAUUCUUGAUUGGUAGUUGUUGGAAGGGAAGCUUGUGGGAUUUCUUGUUGGUUCUGUUAUUUCUUGGCAUAAAAAGAAAAGGGUUUGUUUGGAAGAAAAGAAAAUAUCUUUUUAUGGCAAGUUCUUCUGAGAGAUGGAUUGAUGGUCUUCAGUUCUCAUCAUUGUUUUGGCCACCUCCACAAGAUGCCCAGCAACGAAAGGCACAAAUUACUGCAUAUGUUGAGUACUUUGGGCAAUUCACAUCUGAACAGUUUCCUGAUGAUAUUGCUGAGCUGAUUCGUAAUCGUUAUCCAUCAAAGGAGAAACGCCUCUUUGAUGAUGUUUUGGCUACAUUUGUUCUCCAUCAUCCGGAGCACGGGCAUGCAGUUGUUCUUCCAAUUAUUUCAUGUUUAAUAGAUGGACUGGUGUAUGAUAGGAGUAGUCCUCCAUUUGCCUCUUUCAUUUCCUUGGUCUGCCCAAGCAGUGAGAAUGAAUAUUCUGAACAAUGGGCUUUGGCAUGUGGAGAGAUUUUGAGAAUUUUGACUCAUUACAAUCGCCCAGUAUAUAAGGUGGAACAACAGAAUAGUGAAACAGAGAGAAGCAAUGGUGGCAACCAUGCUACAAGUAGUGGCUCAGUAGAUAGGGAAUCCUGUCCCACGCCUUCAGUACAACAGGAGAGGAAACCUUUAAGGCCUUUAUCCCCGUGGAUCACUGACAUAUUACUUGCUGCACCUUUGGGUAUUAGAAGUGAUUACUUCCGAUGGUGUAGUGGUGUUAUGGGUAAAUAUGCAGCUGGAGAGCUCAAGCCACCUAUAACUGCUUCAUCUCGCGGAUCUGGGAAGCAUCCUCAGCUCAUGCCAUCAACCCCUAGAUGGGCUGUAGCCAAUGGUGCUGGGGUUAUAUUAAGUGUGUGCGAUGAUGAAGUGGCUCGUUAUGAAACUGCUACAUUAACUGCAGCUGCUGUCCCUGCUCUUUUACUUCCUCCUCCAACAACAGCUCUAGACGAACAUUUAGUUGCUGGGCUACCAGCUCUUGAGCCAUAUGCACGUUUAUUUCAUAGAUAUUAUGCCAUUGCAACUCCAAGUGCCACCCAGCGGCUUCUUCUUGGACUUUUAGAAGCACCACCUUCAUGGGCUCCAGAUGCACUUGAUGCUGCUGUACAACUUGUGGAACUCCUCCGAGCUGCUGAAGAUUAUGCAUCUGGCAUAAGGCUUCCCAGGAACUGGAUGCACUUGCAUUUCUUGCGUGCAAUUGGGAUCGCAAUGUCCAUGAGAGCAGGAAUUGCUGCUGAUGCUGCAGCAGCUUUACUUUUUCGCAUUCUCUCACAGCCUGCGUUGCUUUUUCCUCCACUAAGGCAAGUUGAGGGAGUUGAAGUUCAACUUGAACCUCUGGGUGGUUAUUUUUCAAGCUACAGAAAGCAGAUUGAAGUGCCUGCAGCUGAAGCAACUAUAGAAGCAACUGCCCAAGGGAUUGCAUCUAUGCUUUGUGCCCAUGGCCCUGAGGUUGAAUGGAGAAUUUGCACCAUAUGGGAAGCUGCUUAUGGCCUGAUUCCUUUAGGUUCCUCAGCAGUUGAUCUUCCUGAAAUCGUAGUAGCAACUCCAUUGCAGCCUCCUAUAUUAUCAUGGAACCUGUACAUACCUCUCCUCAAGGUCUUGGAAUACCUUCCUCGUGGAAGUCCAUCUGAAGCAUGUCUUAUGAAGAUAUUUGUUGCUACUGUUGAAGCUAUACUUACAAGAACAUUUCCACCUCAGUCUUCCCGAGAGCAAACCAGAAAAGCUAGAUAUUUUUCUGGCUUGGGAUCUGCCUCCAAAAAUCUUGCUGUGGCAGAGCUUCGGACAAUGGUCCAUUCUCUCUUUUUAGAAUCAUGUGCUUCUGUAGAGCUUGCUUCACGCCUACUAUUUAUUGUAUUAACUGUGUGUGUUAGUCAUGAAGCUCAAUCCAAAGGGAGUAAGAGACCAAGAGAUGAGGAAAGUCUUCCAACAGAUGAUAGCAAUGAGCCCUCACAACUAACAUCUGAAGUGCAAAAAAACAUGAAAUAUAGGAAGUUGAAAAAACAAGGUCCUGUUGCCGCAUUUGAUUCUUAUGUUCUUGCCGCUGUAUGUGCUCUUGCCUGCGAGCUUCAAUUGUUCCCCUUUAUUUCAAGGGGCAGUAAUCAUUCAAGUUCUAAAAAUGCACGGACUUUGGCCAAGCCUGUAAAAUUAAAUGGAUGCAAUGGAUCUAGUAGCGAGUUCCAAAGUAGCUUUGACUCUGCUGUUCACCAUACUCAUAGAAUCUUAGCAAUCUUGGAGGCACUGUUUUCUUUGAAACCAUCUUCUGUUGGUACCUCUUGGAGUUACAGUUCAAAUGAGAUAGUGGCUGCAGCUAUGGUUGCUGCUCAUGUUUCUGAACUAUUCAGACGGUCAAAGGCUUGUAUGCAUGCUCUCUCUGUUUUGAUGCGGUGCAAGUGGGAUAAUGAAAUUUACACCAGGGCAUCAUCACUAUAUAACCUCAUUGACAUUCACAGCAAAGCUGUUGCAUCCAUAGUUACAAAAGCUGAGCCUUUAGAGGCACACUUGCAAGUACCUGUUUGGAAAGAUUCCCUUGUGUGUUUUGAUGGCAAAAGGCAAAAUAAAAAAUUAAGCAUUCGCUGCUUUGAUUCAGGUCAGUCAUCUGCUUCACAGUGUGUAGAAUCCACUCAUUCAGACGCUACUAUUAUAACUGAGAGAUCAUCAUGCUCGAAAGAAGGUUCAGGAAGUACCUUGGGCAAGGAUAUUGCAGCUUUCCCAUUAGAUGCUUCAGAUUUGGCCAAUUUCUUAACAAUGGACAGGCACAUUGGAUUCAACUUCAGUGCACAAGUUCUUUUAAGAACCUUGCUUGUGGAGAAACAGGAGUUAUGUUUCUCUGUUGUCUCACUUCUAUGGCACAAAAUGAUUGCAGCACCAGAAACUCAACCUAGUGCAGUAAGCACUUCUGCACAACAAGGAUGGAGACAGGUUGUGGAUGCACUUUGCAAUGUUGUAUCAGCAUCGCCCACAAAAGCAGCUACAGCAAUUGUUCUUCAGGCGGAGAGGGAAUUGCAACCUUGGAUUGCCAAAGAUGACGACCAGGGUCAGAAGCUGUGGAGAAUCAACCAGAGAAUAGUUAGAUUAAUGGUAGAACUGAUGAGAAAUCAUGAUACACCAGAAUCAUUGGUAAUUUUGGCAAGUGCGUCUGACCUACUUUUACGGGCCACAGAUGGGAUGCUUGUGGAUGGAGAAGCUUGCACUUUACCACAGCUGGAGUUACUGGAAGCAACAGCUAGAGCAGUUCAGCCUGUGCUAGAGUGGGGAGAAUCUGGAUUUGCAGUUGCAGAUGGCCUCUCGAAUCUUUUGAAGUGUCGUCUACCAGCUACAAUCCGAUGCCUUUCGCACCCAAGUGCCCAUGUCCGUGCUCUUAGCACAUCAGUUCUUCGCAGUAUUUUGCAUACCUGUUCGAUAAAACCUACAGCUAACCAAGCAGACAUAAAUGAUAUUCGCGGACCCUCUUAUCAGUUAUUCAAGGUAGAUGUCAUCGAUUGGCAAGCUGAUAUAGAGAAGUGCUUAACUUGGGAAGCUCAUAGCCGACUUGCAACAGGAAUGGCAAUUCAAUUUCUUGAAACUGCUGCAAAGGAACUAGGCUGUACUGUUUCCAUUUGACAUCAACUAGCUUUUGGUAACAAUUUCAGGUUGAUCUGUAUUAUUUCUUUCCUUAUGAGUGAGACAUUUACAGGUAGAAAAAGACCUUAGUAAUUGGAUUUGAAGGACAUGUUUGGCCAGAGAAAUAACUUUCACUUUAUGCUUCUAGGUUUAAGGCCUCAAGGAUAACAGUGUAUAGUGAAAACAGUAGACAGGGCCAUGAUAAAAUUUCACAGACAUUCUUAAAGCUAUACCAGAUGUGUAUGUCAGCUAAAAAGGCCUGGGUGUAACAUUGUUGUGUAGAUUAUCAGAUAUAAUUUAUAUUUCUUUUCACA